AUGGCUGUCAGGACCACCCUAUCUCAUGACGAUUACACGGUCGGAUGGGUAUGCGCCCUGCCGCUGGAGAUGGCGGCUGCGAAACUGAUGUUAGACGCAAUCCAUCCCAGCCUGCCGAGUCCAUCAAACGAUCAAAACAAUUAUAUCCUUGGCAAUAUCGGGGAACACAACAUUGUUCUUGCCUGCCUACCAGGUGGCGCAUAUGGUAUUGUAUCAGCUGCAACGGUAGCGAUGCAGUUGCUAUCUAGCUUCCACUCUAUCCGAUUUGGCCUGAUGGUUGGUAUUGGUGGAGGUGUACCAAGCAGCAGCGCAGACAUUCGACUAGGUGACAUCGUGGUGAGCCAGCCAGCGGACACGUCUGGAGGCGUGCUCCAAUAUGAUCUCGGUAAAGCGUUGAGCGACGGUCGAUUCGAGCGGACAGGGAUGCUGAACAGGCCGCCCAAGGUCCUUCUGACUGCUCUCACUACACUCCAAGCCCACCACUUAACAGAAGAAAGUCGGGUUCUUGAAUUUAUCUCAGAAAUUCAAGCCAAAAUGCCUCCACGCAGAGCUGCAAAUUUUACACGGCCCACUCAAGCGGACUGUCUUUAUCAAUCAGAAUACAACCAUGAAGGAUCUGGUACAUGUAUCGAUUGUGAUCCAUUCAAGCUGGUACUGCGGCUUCCACGAGAUUAUAAAGAACCAGUGAUACACUAUGGACUGAUUGCAUCCGCAAAUCAGGUGGUGAAAGAUGGCAGGCGGCGGGACGAGCUAGCUCGAGACCUAAGGGUUCUUUGUGUCGAAAUGGAAGCUGCAGGGCUCAUGAAUGAUUUUCCAUGUCUAGUUAUUCGGGGUAUCUGUGACUAUGCUGACUCGCAUAAAAACAAGGAAUGGCAAGGAUAUGCAGCAGCGGUGGCAGCAGCCUAUGCCAAAGAACUUGUCUUGCUGGUUCCGACCGAUCAGAUAAACACUACUCCAACUGCGCGAGAUACUCUAGCAGACUCUGUCGACCACCUCAAAAUUCCUCUAGACCUUACCGCAGUGCCUGUGAUUGGAAACUUCGUUGGACGGCAAGACGAGCUAGACAAUCUGUGGCAAUUUUUACAACCGACAGAUUCACCAUCACGGAAAGUUGCAAUUCUUCACGGGCUUGGCGGUAUGGGAAAGACGCAGCUAGCGAUUCGCUUCGCGCGAAAUCAUAAAGAUCAGUUUACGGCGAUCUUCUGGCUAAGUGGCAAAGAUCGAGAUGCGCUCUUGCAAUCGUUGAGCUCUGCUUUGAACCGGUUGCCGGGACAGGGUUGGGAUAGUGAGGCGACUAAUGACAGAGAAGUGAAGCAACGAGCCAAGCAUAUGUUACAGUGGCUAGCGUUGAAUGGCAAUUCACGCUGGCUGAUUAUUUUUGAUAACAUCGAUCAAUAUUCCCCCUCUCACAGCCCUGCUAUUGAUGGAUAUGACAUUGAGGAAUUUUUCCCCAAGGCAGAUCAUGGUUCCAUCCUGAUCACUUCUCGACUUCAGAGGCUGACUGAGCUAGGGGAGUCGUUCCCGGUCCCCAGGCUUGACUGUCGUAACUCAAUUCAACUACUCCUGCAAAGCAUUGGUCAAUCAGCAAGAAGCACCAGUAGCAAGGAUGACAGCAAUCCCGAUGUCCUUACCCUUGCCAAUCGUCUGGAUGGACUGCCUUUAGCCAUUGUUAUCGCCGGGGCGUUUAUGCGUGAAACUGGAACCAGCAUCACUGAGUACUUGGAGUUCUACCGGGAAUCUUGGUCUGACCUACAGCUCCAAUCAAGUUCUGGACGCCAGUACCAGCAAGGCAAUAUGCUGCAAACAUGGAUGAUCUCAUAUCUUGAGAUCCAGAAGCGUGACCCAAGUGCAGCAGACCUCCUAUUGCUACUUGCCCAUUUUGAUAACCGUGAUAUCUGGUACGAGUUAGUGGAGAGUGGCCGUCACAGCUCAAACGCCCCGGACUGGCUCAAAAAGGCCAUAUCAAGCGGACUCGCGUUCAAAAUUUGUAUGAGGUCUCUCAUCGGAUUCUCUCUUCUUGAGAGUAAGCAACAAGAAGGGAGCUAUGCGAUGCAUCCAGUGGUACAGGAUUGGUGCCUUCACAUUUCCAACACAAACAAACAUGUGAAUUGGAUGCAGCUUAAUGAACUGGCACUGAUAUCUGUUGGAUACUCUGUGCCGAGUGCAAGUGAUAGGAAUUAUUUCGAGCUUCAGCAACGACUUCUUCCACACGCCAAUUAUUGCAAGCUGCAGGAGGCAGAAGAGAUGUACCAGCGAGCACUGGCAGGCAACAAGAAGGCUCUCGGUCCAGAUCAUACGUCUACUUUGAGUACAGUGAACAACCUUGGCCUUCUCUACUCUGAUCAAGGGAAGCUGAAAGAGGCAAAAGAGAUGUACCAGCGAGCACUGGCUGGCUAUGAGAAAGCCGUUGGCCCAGAUCAUACAUCUACCCUCGAUACAGUCAAUAACCUUGGUGUUCUCCACUCCAAACAAGGUAAACUGAAAGAGGCAGAAGAGAUGUACCAGCGAGCGCUGGCUGGCUAUGAGAAGGCCCUCGGUCCAGAUCAUAUGUCCACUCUGAAUACAGUCAACAACCUUGGCAAUCUCUACUCUGAUCAAGGGAAGCUGAAAGAGGCAAAAGAGAUGUACCAGCGAGCACUAGCAGGCACGGAGAAAGCUCUCGGUCUAGAUCAUCCGUCUACUCUGAGUACAAUGAACAACCUUGGUCUUCUCUACCAAAAUCAAGGGAAGCUGAAAGAGGCAAAAGAGAUGUACCAGCGAGCACUGCCAGGCUAUGAGAAGGCCCUCGGUCCAGACCAUCCGUCUACUCUGACUACAGUGAACAACCUUGGCCUUCUCUACUCCGAUCAAGGGAAGCUGAAGGAGGCAGAAGAGAUGUACCAGCGUGCACUGGUAGGCAAGGAGAAGGCCCUCGGUCCAGAUCAUACGUCCACUCUGGAUACAGUCAACAACCUUGGCAGUCUCUAUUCUGACCAAGGGAAGCUGAAAGAGGCAGAAGAGAUGUGCCAGCGAGCACUAGCAGGCAAGGAGAAGGCUCUCGGUCCAGAUCAUACGUCCACUCUGGGUACAGUUAACAACCUUGGCCUUCUCUACAAAAAUCAAGGGAAGCUGAAAGAGGCAGAAGGGAUGUACCAGCGAGCACUAUCAGGCAAGCAGAAGGCCCUCGGUCCAGAUCAUCCGUCUACCUUGAGUACAGUGAACAACCUUGGCCUUCUCUACUCUGAUCAAGGGAAGCUGAAAGAGGCAGAAGAAAUGUGCCAGCGAGCACUGGCUGGCUAUGAGAAGGCCCUCGGUCCAGACCAUCCGUCUACUCUGAGUACAAUGAACAUCCUCGGCCUUCUCUACAAAAAUCAAGGAAAGCUGGGAAAGAGGCAGAAGAGAUGUACCAGUGAGCUCUGA